GGAGGGAUUCCCCCCCUUUCCCUCAGGCGCGCGCCGGAGACCGGCUGCUGCUGCUGCAGCCCAGAAGCCACGCGCCUGGGCGCAGUGCGAACGCGCGAGGGAAGAAGGCAGCGGAGGCGCGCUCCGCACCUGCAGUAACCGGGUGAGCCCGCGGCGGCGGCGGCCGCCUUAAAUCUGCAGAGCUUUGCAAGCGGGUGCACACGCACGGGAUGGGAGCGGAAGACAAGUGCACGGAACCGGACGUCCCCACCACCCUGGCGGCUGAAAUUGCGGAGGCGACGGACUGGCGGCGGGCCUGCUUCUCCUCCCGCGAUUCGGAGCCGAUUCGGAGCCGAUUCGGAGCCAUGCAGUCUCCGAAGAAGAGCUUGAUUUGCAACCUGAACCACGUCCACCUGCAGCACGUCUCUCUGGGCCUCCACUUGUCCCGCCACCCGGAGCUCCAGGAAGACGCCAACCCCUUGGCGCCCGGAAGGCAGACGGGCUGCCUGGCCUGUCAGGAAGAUGGCGGCGGGGCCCCCGAUGAGGUGGACGCCAACUCCAACAACCCGUCCUUGCCAUGCCGCUGCUGCGAUUCCCACCUGCUGCAGCUGGACAGCAAGCUGGGCCUCCAGAACCAGCCCCUCUCGCCCCACCGCCCAGUCCUGGAGGAUGAGGAAGAGGAGGCCGUCGGCUCGCCCUCGGAUCCAGGCUCCUCCUCCGCCAGCAGCUGCUCCGAUCUCAGCCUCGAUGACUCGCCCGUCUCGGUGUACUAUAAGGCGCUCCCCACGGCGGAGGCCCAGAGCCCCGACAACCAGCCCAAUAUUGUCCCCCUGGAAGACGCCAGCCAUGUCCCCUCCCUGGCUGAGCGUGAAGACGCUGCGAAUCUCAACGUCCGAAUCGGCCAGCGUCCCACCACGCCCCGUGUCUGGGACAGUCCCGAUAGCCUCUGCAGUAGCAGCUCUUCGGAGUCUCCGUCGGACACCGCCUCCCCCUGCCCGGAAGGCCUGGCCAAGCCGCUUCCUCUCGGUCCCUUCGGCACCCCCCUGGUUGUGCCGCCCUUCCCUCGUCCCUGCAGGGCCCCCCCAGCGGUGCCCGACUCCCGUGUCGGGGCCAAACUGGAUUCGAACUGCAACGCCCUCCUGGUGCAGGAAAGCAAGGCCGGAAACCUCUCCUCCUCGGGGCGGCUGGAUGUCAACUCCAACCGGGCCGGGUUCACCGGUGUGCCCCCUCCAGUGCCCCCCAGGACCAAGAGGGGACUGCUGGGGCUGAAGCGGGGCGAAGCCGGGAAGCCAGUGGCCCCCCCAGCUCCGACCCAGUUGCUGCUUGGCCCCAGCGGCCCGCCAGGUGAGGGGGCCAGGAAGAACAUCACGUCCUUCCACGAGUUGGCACAGCAGCGGAAGAGGGGCGCCCCCACGCUGCUGCCCCCUCUGCCGGUGAGGAAGGAUCAGAGUGACUGGCUGAUCGUCUUCUCCCCCGACACGGAGCUGCCCCCCUGCAGCGAGCUCACUGUCGGGAGUGCCCCCGUCCAGGAGGCCGCCGGACCCCUGAGCUCGCCGGAGGAGCCGCCCGACCCUCCGGGCGGCGUCCAGAGAGGGGUGACGACCUUCAAGGAGCUGCGCUUCCGCAAGCAGAAGGGCCAGCUCGCCACGAAAGCGGGCACCCAGCCUCCCCAGCCGGGGGAUCUGGGCAAGGGCGUGCCGGACGGCAACGCUGCCGAGGAGGUGGACCCGGAGCCCCGACGGAACGGGCUGUUCCGGGCCCCGAAGGAGAUCUUGCCUCGGAGGAAGAAAUCCCGGCCGGGCCUGCAGCCCAUCGUGGAGGGCAGCGGCGAAGAGAGGGAGGAUGGCCGGGCAGAGCAGAAGCCACCCACCCGGAGCUUAGCAGGCACACCCAGCUGGAGGGACCCCUGGGUGCCGGGGAAAGCGGAGUUAGGAGACCGGUGCCGUGCAGAGGCUUGCUCGUCUCAGCCCCAGACUCUUCUCUUCCAUUUCUCGCUGGUCGACGGCAAGCCGGCCGAGACGCCUCGCCCCUCGCUCUGCCCCGGCUUGGAGAGCGUGGAGCUGACCUCUCCGGCCCCCUCGGGCCCAGCCUUCUGCCCCAGGCUCCAGGCCCUGUCCUGCGAGGAGGUCUGCCUCCUGGCCGGCCAGCAGGGCCAGGUUUUCGGCACGCUGUCCCCGGAAGAGCUGCUCCCCAUCCGCCUCUCCCCCAUCGGGGCCUACUCCCCUCCCGCGAGGAGCGUCUUGCCUUUCCUGGAUAGCCCCGACCUGGCUGUGCUCUUCUCCCCGCUCUUCCCACGCAGCAGAACCUUCCCCGCCUUAGCUUUCCCGGCCCGCCAGGUCCCCCAGCUGCCGUUCGGAGCCCGGGGCCCCCUCCGCGGACAGGCCGGAGCAGUGCCUGGGGGAAUGUCCCAGGACGGUGCGGGAGCCAAGAAGCCGGGACACCCCAAGCCACUCCGACAUUCUCAAUCCUUCGGUGGGGUCCCAAGCACGGGCCGUCUGCGGGGGUCAGAUGCGGACCAAGCCUCAGCACAACUCAGAGAGCAGAAGAAAGCCUUGCUGGUUGCCGUCAGUGCGUCGGUGGACCGGAUCGUGGCCCAUUUCAGCACCGCCAGGAACCUCGUCCAGAAGGCUCAGCUGGGAGACAGCCGCCUCAGCCCGGACGUGGGCUACUUGGUGCUGAGCACCCUCUGCCCGGCCCUCCGCGCCCUGGUGGGCGAUGGCCUCAAGCCCUUCCAGAAGGAUGUCAUCACGGGCCAGAGGCCCAGUUCUCCGUGGAGCGUGGUAGAGGCCUCCGCCAAACCGGGGCCCCACACCCGGUCACUGAAUGCCCUGUACUGGCGGGUGUCUCGGCUCUCUCCGCUCCGUAACAACCAGCAACGCUUCCACGCUUUCAUCUUGGGUCUCUUGAACAUGAAGCAGCUGGAACAGUGGUUCGCCCACUUGCAGCGCAACUCAGAGCUCAUCUCCGCCCUCUACUUGCCCACGGCCUUCCUGGUGCUGAGCCGAGGAUUCUGCCGCCGCUGGGCUGAGGAACUGCUGCUCCUGCUCCAACCGCUCUCCAUGCUGACCUUCCAGCUGGACCUCCUCUUCGAGCACCACCACCUGCCCCUGGACGUCCGGCCGAUGCCCCGGCAAACUGCCGCGCCCCCCGGAGCGCCCCCGGCCGCUUCGCGGAAGACCGGCGGGCCCGGCUCCCCGGAUCCCGCCCGGCCCCAGCUUUCUCUUCUGGCUGGCCUGUCCGAAGGCCCCUUGGCCCAAUCCAGCCCCCUCCACGAGCCCCAAGCGGGGUUCCCGCUGCACCAGAGACUGCUGAGGUGGGGAGAUCGGCUCGGCCAGACCCUGCUGGGCAGCGAGGCCUCCCCCGGCAAGGAGACGGGCCCUCGGGGGCCCCCGCCAGAGGCCGAUGGCCAGCAGCGGAGCUGGUGGGAGCAGCUCAGCCGGGCCUCGGGGGUCUACGCCAGCCCCACCUCGGCGAAGGGAGAGGGCUUCCCCGCCACACGCUGGACCAAGCUGCAGAUGGCUGUGGGCGGGGCCGUCAAGGAGGCCUGCGCCGGAGCGGAGGACGUGGCGGCAAGGUCCGGGACGCACCCCCCGGGCUCCGGGACGCCAAGGCAAGCACCCGCCUGCAAGCCGGAGAGUUCGGCUGAAGGGGUCGCUGCACAGCCGCCGGAGAGGACUGGACCCGGUGCUGGAGAGCCCUGCCCGGCUGACACCCGCCCGGAGGUUGCUCAGACCCCCGAUGCCGGCCAUGCCCCCGGAAGCAGGAAGGGGAAUUGGCUGGGUUGGCUCUUUGGUGCAAGCCCCCCGGGAACGCCAGGGUGCCCCCCAGAUCCUGACGGCAGCGUGCCCAAGUCCAGACGCCCAUCGAGCUGGCUGCCCCCUACCAUGAACGUCCUGGCCCUUGUGAUGAAGGCGGCACCGGCUGAGAAGAGCUGGCCCGAAGAGUCCUGGGAAGUCGGCUCCCCAGACCCGCUGCAGCCUUACAGGGCCGUGCGCGCUCUCUGUGACCACUCUGGGAGCGGGGAGAACCACCUGAGCUUCCGCCAAGGCGACGUCCUACAAGUCCUCGACACGGUGGAUGAAGACUGGAUCCGGUGCUGCCGUGGAAACAGCAGAGGCCUGGUCCCUGUCGGCUACACCUCCCUCAUCCUGUGAGUUGCAGGACCGGUCCCUGUCCGCCGAGGAAGCCGCCGCCGCUGCCGCCAAGGUGGGGGAGUGGGUGGGGAAGCGGCACGAUGCAACUCCCACCCCCCCACCCCGUCACCCCACACUUAAAAGGAGCUCCCGCAAAACACAAAAAGUCAUCCUUGACUGCACGGCCCCCGGGGUCCGUCCCCCCCGGACUGUGCUCUAGUAACAAUCCUCUGAGCGGGGCCCUCGUUACGCCAUGGUCUCCCCACUCGCCCACGCCACCCCCUUGCUGCUCGAAUGUCUGGCCAAUGCAGACCCCCACCUUCCUGCCCCCAAUUGCACAUCCUACUCGCCCCCCCUGGUGUUUACAGCUCUCUACAGUUGUGUCGAAAGAUCGCCCCCUCUCAUGUCUACGAUGCAUAGGUCUGUGUAUAUAUACCUAUAUAUACAGUAUAUAUAUAUAUGUCUG